AUGACGUGACCUCCAUUGAUUUCGCCAACGAGCUUUCUUCUUCCCUCUCUCUCACUCUCUUUAGACCUAACAAUGUCUGCUCCUCCUAGGUCACAGAGAUCUUCCACGAUCUCCCCCUCUCGUCCUCUCAAAUCUCCGCCGACGAAACGGCCGGUAACUCCUUCCUCUCCGGCUCCUUCCUCAACUUCGCGUCCACGUUCUAGUCCGUCUCCGUCUACCUCCUCCGGUACGGCGAAACUGAAGGAGAAUAUUACGGUCACGAUUCGUUUCCGUCCUCUCAGUCCUCGAGAGGUGAAUAAUGGAGAUGAGAUUGCGUGGUAUGCUGAUGGAGACUACACUAUUCGGAACGAGUACAACCCUGAGCUUUGUUAUGCAUUUGAUAGAGUGUUUGGUCCACCAACUACAACCCGUCGUGUUUAUGAUACUGCUGCUCAGCAAGUUGUUAGUGGGGCUAUGUCUGGAAUUAAUGGUACUGUGUUUGCUUAUGGAGUUACUAGCAGUGGCAAGACUCAUACAAUGCAUGGGGAGCAAAGGUCACCUGGAAUAAUCCCGUUGGCUGUAAAGGAUGUGUUCAGCAUUAUUCAGGAGACACCAGAACGGGAAUUUCUUCUUCGUGUUUCAUAUCUUGAGAUAUACAACGAGGUCAUUAAUGACUUACUAGAUCCAACUGGGCAGAAUCUACGGAUACGAGAGGAUUCUCAGGGCAUAUAUGUUGAAGGCAUUAAAGAUGAGGUCGUCUUAUCCCCGGCUCAUGCUCUAUCCCUCAUAGCAUCUGGAGAAGAACACAGGCACGUUGGUUCCAAUAAUGUCAAUCUUUUUAGCAGUCGCAGCCACACAAUGUUCACCUUGACGAUAGAAAGCAGUCCACAUGGAAAGGGAGAUGACGGAGAAGACGUUACUCUUUCUCAGUUGCACCUCAUUGAUCUUGCCGGAUCUGAAAGUUCUAAAACUGAAAUAACUGGACAGCGGAGGAAAGAGGGAUCUUCCAUCAAUAAAAGUUUACUCACCCUGGGAACUGUUAUAUCUAAAUUGACAGACACCAAGGCAGCUCAUAUACCAUAUAGGGAUUCUAAACUUACUCGUCUCUUGCAAUCAACACUUAGUGGUCAUGGACGAGUAUCACUUAUUUGCACUAUCACACCUGCAUCCAGUACAAGUGAAGAGACGCACAACACACUGAAAUUCGCUCAGAGGUGCAAGCAUGUUGAAAUCAAAGCCUCACGAAAUAAGAUUAUGGAUGAGAAGUCCCUAAUAAAGAAGUAUCAGAAAGAAAUAUCAUGUUUACAAGAUGAACUUACGCAAUUGAAGCAAGGGGUUUCUAUGUCUACGUCUAACCAAGAAGAUUUGGCGGAUCGAAAGGUUCAGGUAAAAUCUGGCCCGGUUAAGCACCAGUCAAGGUUGGAGGACGAGGAGGAUGAAGCCAAAGCAGCUCUGAUGGGAAGAAUUCAGCGUUUGACAAAACUAAUCUUGGUUUCAACAAAAAGUUCACUGCAAGGAAAAAGUUCUGUAAAACCUGACCAUAUAUGGAGGCAUACUUUUGGAGAGGAUGAGCUGGCUUACUUGCCCGAUAGAAGACGGGAGAACAUGGCUGAUGAGAAUGCUAGAAGCACAGUUUCUGAACAAUUCAGGGAGCCACGAGAUGGUGGAACUAGUAGCCUGGAUGAGAUGACAAAGGACCGGAAAAAGAAUAAAACUCGUGGAGGAAUGCUUGGCUGGCUAAAACUGAAAAAAUCUGAUGGUGUGGCCGGGACAUCGCUGACUGAUGGUAACCAGAACUCUACAAAUGGAUCUGCAUCAUCUUCCUCUAAGUGUGCACAAACAAAAUCAACCAGAAGAGAUAAUGCAGCAACAAACAAGUCUUUUCCUGAAAGAGCUGUGGCAGGAGACUUAUUCAGUGCAACUGUUGGAUCAGGAGACCCUUCUCUGAUUGCAACUACUAUAACGGAUCAAAUGGAUCUUCUUCACGAGCAAACAAAAAUACUAGUUGGGGAAGUAGCAUUGCGUACCGGUUCGCUGAAAAGACUUUCUGAACAAGCCGCUCGCAACCCUGAAGAUUUCCAUAUAAGAGAUCAAAUACAGAAACUGGAAGAUGAAAUCAGAGAAAAGAAGGAUCAAAUACGUGCACUCGAGCAACAGAUGAUUGAAACUUUCGGAAUGAGUGAUACCACAGACUCUCUUGGAAUGUCCCAGGUUUUGUCGAAGCUCACUACGCAACUAAAUGAGAAAAUCUUCGAACAUGAGAUAAAGUCUGCAGACAAUAGGAUACUUCAGGAGCAGCUCGAGAUAACUAAAUCAGAGAAGGCUGAGAUGCAGGAAACGAUCGUGCUGCUAAGGCAACAACUCGAUUCAUUAGCCGAGAGACAAUCAACAUAUACAGAGCAGCAAAACGCAGGAGACGAAUCAUCAGGAAGGAAUACUCACAACAGAAAUGGUGAUGAGUCAGAAAUCUAUUCUGGAGCAGGAACACCGACCAGCGUGAUGAGCUUAAAUAGAGUGUUUGCUCAGGAAGAGAUCAAAGACGGAACAACCCUCAACUCUCAGGCUAUGGAAAUAGAGAAUCUGAAGAAGGAGAAUAUGAGACUGAUUGAGGAAAAAGAUGAGCUUGGAAAACUUAAUAAGAAACUCACAGAGGAAGCCUCUUAUGCUAAAGAAUUGGCGUCUGCUGCAGCUGUUGAACUCCAGAAUUUGGCCGAAGAAGUUACUAGACUCUGCAAUGAAAAUGCGAAACUGAGCAGGUGAAAAAGCUCCAAGUCUCUGACGUUGAACAGAGACUCCAGCAUUCAAGAUAAUGCUGCAAAGUAGAUCAUGUCAUUGUCCAAAUCUCAGACUAGUUGAAUGGUGAUGUUUGAUGAUGAUGCAUCAAACGGAGCAAUGUUUAUUGGAGAACGUGAUGCCUUCCAUCUACCAAAAGACAGAUUCAAUCCAGGAAAAAUUGUCUUUGAAUCUAAUUAUAACGGCUGAUGACAAACACAUGGUGUAAAUGUUUCUCACAAGUUUGUGCUACUGUUUAUGUAUGUUCUUCUUAGGUCAAACCGACGAUUUUGCAACAAGUCCAAGUCCAGUUAUUAGAUUUCAGCUUAACUAAAUUAGCGAUAUGUGUUACUGAUUUAUCUUUAAAUUUGGCAAAACCAAACUACUGUAAGAGGUAAAAUCUCCAGCAUACUCUUAGGAUAUCGUAAUGCGAAGUGUUUGUG